AUUUUUAGAAGCUUACGCUGUUAAGUAGAUUCCGGUAGACGUCAAUCAAGUAAUAAUGUCGUCAGUAAAACUUCCCAACAGAUUGCCUCGACUUUACUACUGAUAACACCUAGUUGUAUUGUAACCAGUAACAAGAAAAUCCAGAUAGAAACGCAAGCUUUGGAACAUCAACUGGAAGUCUUAAACACCACAACCUUACACAGCCUUUGUAUAAUCCGAUGUCAAACCAUCCGUGUUUAAAAGGACAAAAGCAGCGAGGAGACGUUUGCUGUUGGACGGUUCAAUGUAAAGCUGAAGGAUUUAUACCCUGCAACGCAAAGAACGGCACAGAUGUCUGUGUACCAUGUCCAGAUGGCCAAUACAUUGCAGAUACAUAUCAUACAGAUUGGUUUGAACGAUCACAAUGUGUAGAUAAACCAACAUGCCUACAAGAACAAAUAAGAAAUGAAAAAGGCAUUUGUGUAUGCGAUCGUACCAAGGGAUAUAUAAAACAAGGUGGAGGAGAUGAAAAUAUAUGUGUUCCAACUUUAGUGAAAUGUAACAAGCCUGGCGAGGAGUUACAUGAAUCAGGAUAUUGUAGUAAUUGUAUCAAGGGAUUUUACAAACCAGAGUCUAGUACUGACCUUUGUCAAAGAAAAACAAAUAUAACAUGUCAAGCUGGCGAGACUAUCAAAGAAGGUGACAGAUUUACAGACCGAUCAUGUGUGCCUAAUCCAUUCACUAAACCUUUAGUUACAACAGAAAGGACGAUUACUACUAUAUCAACUUCAACUCACGAUGGAGAAUUCCCUAUAGGAGCUGUAGUUGGUUCGAUAUGUGGUGGUGGCGCUAUUAUUCUUCUAAUAGUUAUAAUAAUUUAUCUCAUAAAAAGGAGAAGAAAAAAGCGACCAAGCAAAAGAAAGAAAGAAAAAGAUAUAGGAGAAAAAAGAGAAACAGAACUCUUAAAAAGUGGAACUGAGCACGAAGAACAGAAAGACACAAUGGAUACUUUAGAGGAACAAACAAUGAGUUACAAUAGUGGCCUUAAGGAAAAUAACAAGAAAGCUACUGCAGUGCCUAUUGAUGAAGAAGAAACAUUUGAAAAACAACCACAUAGAAACACAGAAGAACAAAAUAUUCCUAUUGAUGAUACAGCGCAUCUUGAUGAGGAAGAAACAUUUGAAAACCAGCCACCUCGAAUCUCAGGAGAGCGAAAUAUACCUUUUGCUGAUGAAGAAGAAUUUCACAGGGCUACAAGAGAAAGUGUUGCUGAGGAAGACCAGAACAACCCUAGACCUGUCGCAACGGUAGCUGCUCAAGUUCAUGAACCUCCACGGCAGCAGGAAUCUCUUCAUUUGUUGACUCAUCAACCUUCUAACGACGAUAAUGGGCGUCUAGUAAAUGGUCUAAACUCGUUUUCAUUAGAAAUGCAAAAUGGCCAACUGAACCGUGUUGCAAAUAAUGGUGUUCCUCCAGGAGUGCGGGUUGUUGACAGUCUUUCAUCAGAUCCUUAUGAUCCAAUAAGGCCCUCUGAUUCAUCGACUUCAAGCUAACGGUGUAAAUGAAUACAUUUCUUUAUAGUUCAUGACAACACCCAAACCUUGUUAUUUUUGCAAACUCAGUAAUAGUUAAUUUUGAGAGGAAGAAAUGGGGGAGAUGAUACUAAAGGGAGAUAAGAUAUCAAUGUCAUACGUUUAUAUUAGACAAUUAUCUAUAGUUUCAAAAAUUGGAAUUACCGAUGAUAAUUAUACGAGUAAUUGAUUGUUCUUUGCUAAAUAUCGAU